AUGGAGGCCCUGAAGAACCUAAUUACCAAUGUGCCGGACUGGCUCAAGAAGCUGGACGAGCUGAACGGCCAGAUCGAGCAGCGCCAGCUCGAGUUGGCGAAGCUGACCGGGGAAAACAAGGCGAGGUCUCCCGGCGGGACCCCGUCAUACCGCACAAAGUCAGUGCGGAAUAAGGGUUCGACUGAGUCCCUCAAGCCGCGCGACGAACCGGAAGCCCACCCUUGCAACCCAGUAGCACAGUCCGAUGCCGACAACGCCACCGAGGCGGCAGCGGCAGCGGCGGCCGGUGCCGCAGCAGCCAAGGCUAACACGGAGCAGCCGUCACCACCGAGCCCUUCCGAGUCCCAGUCGCCGUCAGCCCUGCAGCGCCAGGCAAGCCAGAUGCGCGCAGCCGGGCAGGCACGCGCACGCGCGACACUCCGCAAGCGACAACGUACAGACUCGGUCAUUAGCGCAGACGGCGGGCCACCGAAAUACCGUUCCCGCAGUAUGAUCAUCGUUUACUACGAUAGCUACGUGCAAAUGUUCUUCGAAGAGCUCGUCAAGUUCGUCAGUGCCGGGCGCAAUAUGAUGCGCAAGGCCAAGAUGGCAGCCAAGGUAGCCCAAAUCAAGCGCCUCGCCGAGAUGGAGAGCCCUGACGACGAGAACGAUGCAUCCAUUACGGUCGGGACAUCACUCGGCGGCCCCCACAUCGCCGUCGCACCAACCGCAACCGCAAACCCUAGCCAAGCAGCAGAAGAAGAACCCCCCCUACUCUACGUCAGCAGCCGCCGCAUGGGCGCCGGGCCCCGCGCGACGCGCAACAUGUACUCGCGCGCGGGCGCCCGCAUGACCCGCGGCGGGCCCGCGCACAUGCUCGGCCCGGACGGCAAGCCGGCGCCGCCGGACGUCUACGACGAGCUAGACAAGGGCCUCGAGUACGUGCAGAGCAUGUGCGAGCACGGGGCGCACCAGUUCCUGCGCGACGGCGACUGUGGCGAGGAGGUCGCCAACAUCAAGCGCCGCCUGGCCGAGACCAAGGACCUCGCCGACAAGGAGAUGGAGCGCGUCGCCCGCGAGGAUCCCCAGGCGCUGCUGAAGCUGGCCGAGGACGACGCGACCAAGGGCCGCAGCUAUCGCCCCCAGAGCAUGCGCAAGGACGUGAGCAAGCCGGGCGCCACCUCUCCGACUUCUGCACUUGCUGCCGCGUCUGGUCCGUUGGAGGUGGACGAAGGGGUUGAGGACAUGGAUGCGGAAGCGGUGCCCAAGUUAGUGUGGAGGAGUACGAAGACGAUGCGUUUCGCGGGUAUGCGGGUGGCCGAGUACGAUACGGCCGCCGCGGUCGAUAUACCGUUAGGGCCGUGCUGCGUUACACGAGCGGACGGCCACCUCCGAGUUCACGGCGACGGGGCUUCCCCUUAG